CCCGGAAGUGCCGGGGCCUGGGGGGUUGAGGCCCAGAGCUCAGCCCCGGCCCUCGCCCCCUGCCCCGCGGUGCCCCCCGCUUCCCUGCAGCCCCUUGAGGUCUCCUCGCCACCCUCCUGCCAUGGCCCGAAAUGCAGGCGAGGCGGCUGCGGAGGGGGAGCUGGGAGAUGACAGCCUGUCUGUGAUAAGAUGUGAAUCUGACACAGAAAUGAAGGUAAAGAAAAAAAUUUUUCACAAGCCUCCAAAGUCACCAAAGUCUCCUUACAGCUCUAGCACACAACUGUAUCCCAAAAAAGCUUCAGUUUGGAGAGCUCUGCAGGGAACAGGCAGUGCACGUCUUGAGAGUGCAGCUGGGAAAAACCCAAGGCAGAUGUGGCUGGGAUCACUGAAACAAGGAAUGAGCCAUCCUCUGAAAUCAGAUGUUGACAUGGGGCAUAUGCAAACUAACAUUUUUAGUAGCACUCCAGAAUACUUGAAGGAAGCUCUAGGAAUGAAGAAACCAAAACAUUCUCGUUCUUCUAGCAAUGGCUACAUUCCUGGCACUCCUGACUACAAAGAAAAAGAAGAUAUGUAUGAUGAAAUUAUAGAACUAAAAAAGACAAUACAAGCUCAAAAAAAUGAGGGGCAUCGAAUGAAAACGAAGCUCCGUCGACUAGAAGAAGAGAACAAUAGAAAGGAUAAACAGAUUGAGCAGCUGUUGGAUCCUUCCAGGGGCUCUGAGCUGGCACGAGCUUUGUCAGAAAAGAAGACUGAUAAUGGAUGGGUGGUCAGUGGGUUAAAGCAGAAGAUUUUCAAGCUAGAACAAGAGUGCAAGGAGAAAGACAACACUAUUAACAAAUUCCAAGCUGACAUGAAGACCACUGAUUUGGAAGACAUGAGGCUAGCUAUGGAAACCUACUAUGAAGAGGUUCAUCGUCUCCAACUCCUCCUGGCAAAAUCUGAGACUAUGAGGAAAAAUACAGAGGGCAGAGAUACCCAAAAACGACUGAAGGCAUUGAGUGCUGCUGUCCUGAGACUAUCCAGGAAUAUCAAGGAGUUGCAGAAUGAGAAUCAGAGGCUGAAAGAAGACCUAGAUCAAGUACUGAGAAGUUCUUCUUCCAACAAAAGAAAAAAUUACAGUGAGUGGAGCAGACCAAGGCUGGUGAGGCGGAUUUUAGAACUAGAAAAAAAGGUGUGUGCCAUGGAGAACACCAAGGUAUCACCAGGAGACAGUGAACCAUACCAAUUACUUGCUGUGUCAUCAUCACCUUCCACAGACCCAGAUCAUCCAGCUUCUCAACAGACUGACCGUGUGGAGGAAUGUCAUCACCUCCAAAGGCUAGUGAAGAAACUAAGCAGUGAUAGGAAGGCACUUCAGAAUCUCCUACUUAAUAAAGAAUUAGAUAUCAAGCAAUUGCUGCAGGCUAAGGCUGAAGUGGAGCUGGAACUGAAGAAGUGGCAGAAUAAGAUGGAAGAAAAGAGUACAGAAGAGCAGAAUUUAAGUGAGGACAUCCAGAAUCUGACACACAAAGUAGGGAAAUUGGAGUCAAAAUUGGAAGAAGAGAAGAGACAAAUAGCAGAAGAUACAAUGGAAAAGCUUAAUAAGUCUUCACUAGUCUGCAUGGUUAAAGGCAAAGAAGAUCAGAGGAAGGAACAAGCAGCCAAAAUCAUCCAGAGACAGUGGAGGACAUACCAAAACAAGAAGAAAGAAAUUGCUCUGGAUGAGGCAGUUGUUAUGCUUUAGGCAGCCUUCAGAGGACAUUUAGCUGGACAGAAACUGUUACUGAGUAACAGGAGACAUGACACAAAAUCGCACAACAAGAUCUCCUGCAUGUCUCCUGUGUCAAACUCCUUGAGCUUAUCUUCUGAUUGUAAGGAGAAAGAUGAGAUAGUGACAUUUAUCCAGUCCAUUUUCCGGGCUCACUUAGCACGUACAGUACCACUUGAGGAGAGGCACUCUGUGUCCAGUGCACCAAGUGAGAGAGCAGAUUCUGCAGUUUACAUUACAGAAAAGAAACCAGUCCCAGCAGCACUCCAGAGACCUUCUUCAACCUUCACCUCAUCUCCUCCUGCCAGGUCCUCUGAGAAGCAAUCCCAGCCUCCUCUCCCUCUGUCUGUGGAUGAAGCUCACUCAGAUGAUUCAGAUGAUAUUGUCAUUGUCUCUCCAUUGUUGCAGAUGAAGAAAAACUACACCCACUUUUAAGUUUUGGUAACAGGCUCUGGUUCUCUUGAAUUAUUCAACGUAAAACUAUUUCUACCAAGAUACAGCAUAUCAAAGAUGAAAAAAGGGGGAGUAUUAGCCCUUCUAAUGACUUUAUGUGGACUUUAUGGCUAAAAGGCACUGACUGUUAGCUUUAUCCACCUUGCAUGCUGAGAGUUUGGAUUUAAAAACUAAAGCAAAACACUUCAAUAUUUUGUCUCACAAUGAACAUUAUAAAUUCAAUUGCCAAAUUUAGAUGAAAGCAAUAAAUCCUUAUGUUAUUU